AUGGCGGACAGACGAAGCCAGUCACAGCCAUUUCGCUUCUGGCUGCCUGCCUGGACUCACCCGACAAGGAGUAGCACUCCGCGCCAACCCGAUCCAACUCGACAGAAAUCCCUGCGCCGCGAUGCAUCGCAGCCUUCGGAUCAUACAACAUCCUCAUCACCGUCCUCGCCGACCGCAACCCGAAGAGUUCCUCAACCAUCACCACCACCGGCUUCGUCGCGAAACCGUCCAUCAUCUCGUCCCCAAGCCAGAAAUGCAAAUGAACAGCAGCGAUCACGACCCCGGUCCCCACAACCGUCUCCGAUCAACUCAGAUAAGCAAGCUGCAGUAGCGAGAAAUCUCAGGUCCCAAUCCGCAUUACAAACUGCAUCAACUCAGGUGAAGUCUCGGCUCUCAUCUCAAGCUCUUGCACCUGACUCACAAUCUUCAUCACCUGCAAAGAGAACAUCUCCUUCGAACCAGCCAUUGUCAUUGGCCCAUGAAUCCCAGCCAACAUUAACGUCCGCAUCACCAACCAUAUUGCAUCCUAAAUCUCAGGCCCGUACUAUCCCUCUUGCAAAAGAUUCAAAUCCUAAGCCGACAAGAAACCACAUUUUGCAGGAACCAAAUUUGCUGCUUGUAUCAACCAAUUCGCUGGAGAAUAAACCUCUAGAAUCGUACUCCAUCUCUUUACCCCAGCCGUCAACACCUAAAGAACAAAGAGAGAAGAUUAAAUUAGAAGAAACCGAGCCUUCUCAAUCUCGAAAGUUGGAAGAUACAAACAAACAAACUGCAGAAGAGAAGCAUAAACUAAAGUUAACAACAAACCACCCUAAGAAUUCCACCAAAGCCCCAAAUUCAUAUUCAACACCUGAAGGGACUAAUAGAGGCAAGCUUAGGACAACACCAGACACAGAAGAGAAGCCCUUCACUGGAGAACGCAACAAGUCGAAGGAACAGGGAGAAGUCAAGCAACUCAGCACGACAUCUGAGAACAGCCUGAUCGCAUCCCCCACACAAAGUGGAUUAGUCUCACUAUCCAUUAACUCAAAUGCAGAACACAGGAAGGAUACCGAUACUGCCGAGCAUACAAAAGAUGGUUCCACCAGAGAGGAACAGAAAAUUGCAAUUUCAAGUAUCUCACAAGAUUCAUUCUAUGAUGGCAAGAGAGCCAUGUUCAAGGGGGAGAUCAAGGAAGGGCUUUCUAAACUGUUACAGAAGAUAGGUACUGGAUAUUCUGGUGGGGUGAGGAAUGGACUAUCGACAAAUGUACUUACUUUGGCUGGCAAUAACAGUGGAGCAUCCAUGAUUAUAGGUUAUGAGGGUACCGAUAGAGAGAAUUUCUACCAUGCCCACAAGGAUCAAAAGCUCGACAAGGAGAAGAUUGAUGCAAGAGGCAGUUGCAGUGAAGAAAAGUGGCAGCAUAGUGGAAAGGGGGCAUUUACAACCAGCAUUAACAACAAUGUGCAAAGCAUCAACAACUCAGCUGUCGAUGAAAGUUCCUGCAGUGUCAGAAACCCAGGCGUCCAUUUGAAUCUCUCAAGAACUAAGGAAACCUUGGUUUCCAAAAGAACAGUGGAACCCCUGGAGACUGAAAGGGCACCUUCCAAGCCAAUCCAAAGCCAGAAACCAACUCGUGAGCCCAGAAUUAGAAGACGCUGCCUUCGGGCAUUGCUUAUGGAACCUAGUGAGAGUGAUCCAGAAAAUCCUGAGAAGCCCCAGCGUCAUGGAUGUCGUUACAGCUGUGAAGAGAAAAAGAAGUUAAAGGAUGACAAUCAUGGAAUGUCCACGACUAAUUCUGGCUUGCAGAACAACUGA